AUGUCUUUGUCAUUGGGUUAUCAAACCUCACAAGUACCACGGAAAGGUGAGAAACUAACCUGCAAACUUAACAAAUCUACAUAUAGGCUGAAACAAGCCUCAAGACAAUGGUUUCUCAAGUUUACAGCUGCUCUAUCUUCACAUGGCUUUCAUCAAUCCAAGUCUGAUUAUUCUCUUUUUACCCGAGGACAUGGACAUGAUUUUGUAGCAUUGUUGGUAUAUGUAGAUGACAUAUUACUAACCGGACCAUCCCCUCAGAUAAUCAGCUCAGUCAAAGAAGUCCUCAAAGGACAUUUCAAACUCAAGGAUUUAGGCUAUGCGAAAUAUUUUCUGGGAUUAGAAUUAUCCAGAUCUCAACAAGGGAUCAUGAUUUCCCAAAGAAAAUAUUGUCUUCAAAUACUUGAGGAUACUGGAUUUCUUGAAGCUAAACCAGUUACAACUCCUAUGGAUCCCAAUUUGAAACUAUCAAAAAAUGAAGGAGAGUUUCUAAAGGCAGAUGACAUCACAUGUUAUAGGAGACUGAUUUGCAGGCUUAUAUAUCUUCAAAUAUCUCAGCCAGACAUAUGCUUUGCUAUUCAUCGGCUAAGCCAAUUCAUCCACAGCCCCACUAAAGUUCAAUUAAAUGCAGCUCAUCACUUACUCAGGUACCUAAAACAGUCUCCUGGACAAGGCAUUUUAAUCAGCCCUAUCACUUCCUUUCAUUUAAAAGCCUUUGUGGAUGUUGAUUGGGGAUCAUGUCCUGAUACUAGAAGAUCCAUUACUGGUUUCUGCAUAUUCCUAGGGGCAUUUAUCAUAUCAUGGAAAUCAAAGAAACAAGCCACCGUUUCUAGAUCUUCUGCAGAAGCGGAGUACAGGGCAUUAGCCUCAGUUACUAGUGAAUUGAUGUGGAUCUCUCAACUCCUCAAAGAUCUUCAAGUUAAGAUCCUAAUGCCCACUACUAUAUUCUGUGACAAUCAAGCUGUUAUUGUCAUUGCCUCUAAUCCAAUGUUUCAUGAGAGGACAAAACACAUAGAAAUUGAUUAUCAUUUUGUUCAGGACAAGAUAGCUUAUGGGUUCCUUAAGGUUCUCCCUAUCCAAUCUAGUCAACAACUCGCAGACAUGUUCACUAAAGCAUUGCUUACAUCUGUUUUGUCUAAACUAGUAUCCAAGUUGGGCAUCAUUGACAUUCAUCAUCCAACUUGA